GACUAUGGCGGGACCUGCCUCUGGGACUCGGGUUGCCUCGGGUGCAGCAGAACAUGGCUCCGGGGCUCAGAGUGGCGGGUCCCUGACUCCGGAGUGACACGGGAGGGUCCGGGGUGUAGCGGAACCUCUAUAUGGGGCUCGGGGUGACCCGGGGUGGCUGUGCUGCGGUGGGAGCUGGAUCCUGGGACUCGGGGUGGCCCGGAGUAUCUCGGGCCUGGCUCUGGGGUGACACGGGACGGGCCAGGGUGCGGCAGGGAGUGGAUGUGGGACUUGGGGUGGUCCGGAGUGUGGAAGGACCUGCUUCAGAGGAUCAGAGUGGUCCAGGGUACAACAUGACAUGGAUCAGGGGCUUGGGGUGCCCUCUGGGGGGGCAUCGGGUCCCUGGUUUCCAGAUGGCCCGAGGUGGCCCAGGGUGUGGCGGGACCUGGAUAUGGGGCUUACCGUGGCCUGAGGUUUGGUGGGUUCCUGGCUCCGGGGUGACACGGGAUGGUCCGGGGUGUAGCAGGACCUCGUUCCGGGGCUCAGGGUGGCACGGGGAGUUACGGGACCUGACUGUGGAGUUCGAGGUGGCCAGGGGUACAGCGGCACCUGGAUCUGGGAUUGCGUGAGGUGUGGUGGGACCUGAAUCUGAGGGUCACAGUGUCCCGGGAGGGGUGGGGCCCGAGGUCCGGCAUGUCCCUUGCUUCGGGGCUCUUGGUAGCCCAGGGGUGCAGCAGGACCUGAAUCAGGUGCUUGGGGUGGCCCGGGGUUGGGGGAAUCCCAGGCCCAGCUGGCCUUGCUGCAGGGAGCAGUGGGAUGUGGCUCCUGGGCCCGUGGUGGGACUCAGCUCCUGGCUCGCCUGGCUCCAGCAUUUGACGUGGCCUGGGCCCAGGGUGGCUUGCCUCCCCAUUUAGACGAGUCCCAGACUGGAGUGCAGAGGGGCCCAGAGGGCAGCAGGACCUGUCUCCAGGUUGUGGUGGGAUCUCUGUCCAGGGUCUGGGGUGGCCUGGACCUGGGGUGUAGUGGGUGCGGGACCCACACCUGAUGUGGCCUGUCUCUGGGGUGCGGUGGGGCCUGUGCCCAGACAGCUGUGGCAGCAUGUGUGUGGUCACAGUUGCAGACUGCCCUCUCUCCUUUUGCAGGCUGACUCGGUACAUUGUACUGCUGUGCUUCACCAAGUUCUUGAAAGCAGUGGGGCUCUUUGAGUCCUAUGAUCUUCUGAAAGCAGUCCACCUCGUGCAGUUUAUCUUUAUAGUGCAGCUGGGAUCUGCAUCUUUUAUGCUUUUGUUUCAAAAGCCAUUUUCUUCUGGAAAAGUGGUAACCAAGCGUCAGUGGAUCAAAAUUUUUAAGCAUGCUGUUGUGGGAUGUAUCAUUUCACUCUUGUGGUUUUUUGGCCUUACUCUUUGUGGACCACUGAGGACAUUGUUGCUGUUUGAGCACAGUGAUGUGGUUGUGCUGUCACUCCUUAGUGUCUUGUUCACAAGCUCAGGUGGAGGACCAGCAAAGACAAGAGGUGCUGCGUUUUUCAUCGUAGCUGUCGUCUGUUUACUGCUUUUUGAUAAUGAUGACCUCAUGGCUAAAAUAGCAGAACACCCUGAAGGGCAUCAUGACAGUGCUCUUACCCAUGUUCUGUAUACAAUCAUUGCUUUCUUGGGUGUUGCAGAUCACAAGGGAGGAGUACUGCUUCUGGUACUGGCACUGUGCUGUAAGGUUGGUUUUCACAUGGCUUCCCGAAAACUAUCUGUAGAUGUAGGUGGAGCCAAGCGUCUUCAAGCUUUGUCUCAUAUUGUUUCCGUCCUUCUGUUGUGCCCAUGGGUUAUUGUCCUCUCUCUGACAACAGAGAGUAAAGUAGAGUCUUGGUCUUCUCUCAUCAUGCCUUUCAUAACAGUCAUCUUUUUUGUUGUGAUCCUGGAUUUCUACGUGGAGUCCAUAUGCUCUGUCAAGAUGGAAGCUUCCACAUGUGCUCGAUAUGGAUCCUUUCUUAUUUUUAUUAGUGCAUUGCUUUUCGGCAACUUUUGGACACAUCCAAUAACAGACCAGCUUCGAGCUAUGAACAAGCCACCACACCAUGAAAGCACAGAGCAUGUUCUUUCUGGAGGGGUGGUAGUGAGUGCUGUCUUCUUCAUUCUGUCUGCCAAUAUCCUAUCAUCCCCCUCCAGGAAAGGGCAGAAGGGUACCCUUAUUGGCUAUUCCCCUGAAGGCACUCCACUCUAUAACUUCAUGGGUGAUGCAUUACAGCAGAGCUCUCAGUCAUUACCCCGGUUUAUUAAGGACUCACUGAAACAAAUCCUUGAGGAGUAUGAUUCUAGGCAGAUCUUCUAUUUCUUGUGCCUAAAUCUGGCUUUCACUUUUGUGGAGCUUUUUUAUGGAGUAUGGACCAAUAGCCUUGGUCUUAUAUCUGAUGGAUUUCACAUGCUUUUUGAUUGUUCUGCAUUAGUGAUGGGGCUUUUUGCAGCCCUGAUGACAAGAUGGAAAGCAACUCGCAUAUUUUCCUAUGGGUAUGGACGUGUAGAAAUUCUCUCAGGAUUUAUUAAUGGCCUCUUUUUGAUGGUAAUUGCUUUCUUUGUCUUUAUUGAAUCAGUGGCCAGACUAGUGGAUCCUCCAGACAUAGAUACAAAUAUGCUAACUCCAGUCUCUGUUGGAGGGCUGAUCGUAAACCUUGUUGGUAUCUGUGCCUUUAGCCACGCACACUCCCAUGGGGCUUCUCGGGGAGGUUGUCAGUCACUCGAUCACAGCCAUUCUCACCAUGGGCACAGCCACAGCCAUGGGCACAGCCAUUCCCACAAUGACCACGGGCACAACCAUGGACAUUCCCACGGGUCUUCUGGAGGAGGCAUGAAUACCAACAUGAGAGGUGUGUUUCUGCAUGUGUUAGCAGACACCCUUGGCAGUGUUGGUGUUAUCGUAUCCACAAUAUUUAUUCAGCGAUUUGGAUGGCUCAUAGCUGAUCCACUCUGCUCUCUUUUUAUUGCUACCUUGAUUUUUCUUAGUGUUAUCCCCCUAUUGAAAGAUGCCUGUCAAGUGCUUUUGUUGAGGAUACCUCCAGAACAGGAGAAAGAUCUGCAUGCUGCUUUAGAAAAGAUUCAAAAAAUAGAGGGAGUCAUAUCCUACAGAGAUCCUCAUUUUUGGUGUCACUCUGCAAGUGUUGUGGCAGGUACAAUACAUGUGCAAGUGGUAUCAGAUGUGACAGAACAGAGAAUUGUACAGCAGGUUACAGCGAUUCUGAAAGAUGCUGGUGUAAACAACCUAACUGUCCAAGUGGAAAAGGAAGCUUAUUUUCAGCACAUGUCUGGACUCAGUACAGGAUUUCAGGAUGUCCUUGCAAUGACUCAGCAACUAGAAUCCAUGAAAUACUACAAAGAUGGUACUUACAUAAUGUGAUACAAAGUUGUGGUCACCAAAGGACGUGUAAAUGGUGAAGCUUGUAGGAUUCCAGAUUCAAAUUUUCAUCAGGACAUCUUGCACAUACAUGUACAGAAACAAAUGUACUAUAUAUUUGAAUUUUUUUAAGAAUACUGUCUUUAAUAAAAUUGGAUCAAGAUGCUUUUAUAAAGGAAAUAAGAUGGACUUGAAUAUUUGCUGUAUAUGUGAGAAUAAUGAAAUCUUAAAUACUGUAUUUGGUGUUUAUUAAACAGAAGUCUUGUAACUUGUGGAUGAACA